AUGAAAUUUUUGUGGUCAAACCUAAAGGAUAUAUUACUGUGUCGUCGUAGCAACUCCAUCGCAGAUGUCCGUGCAACGAAAAAUACCAAAAAUAAAAAGACUGUGAAAAAGAAGUCAGCAGGAAAUGGUCAUGUGAUGCGUGGUCCUGUUGCCAAGGCAACAACAAAUCAAGUAUUUAAUGUCCCAGUGUUAUUUGCUACCUCAGACGGAAUUCAUAUCGAAACAAAUGAGAGUGAGAACAGCCCCAGAUCAAAAUCAGAGAACGAUAUUAUCGAAGUUAAAGAAAGCGAGUUGAGGGUGAUUCCAAAAGGAAAACAUUGUGAUGUUGUGGGACCCCCAGAACUGGAUUAUUGGCGUCAGGACACGAGCGAUUACGAUUCGUGUGGAGAGACAGAAGUUUACUCGUCGUCUCAACCAGUUUCAAUGAAGCAAGCGACCCAAGAUCUACUUACACAACGCUCCAUUUCACAACCAGAAGUCUGUAAAUCAAAGACAUCUCAUAUUGUUUCGUUGAAGGAUGCCAAGAAAUCUUUCGCUGCUGAUUCUGGACUUGAUCUCAGCGUAUCGAGCCCUUCGCUCCGACAGACAUUUAAUGAUAAAAUAAAUCUGAAAGGUUGGAAAUCAAAUUUCAAAAAUUCAUUGAAUCUAAAUAAAACUUGGGCAGUUCGUUCUGUGAGUGUGAGCCCAGCUGGUGAAAAUAGUGCUCAAAACCAAUCUACUGAAAAAAUGGAAAAUUCCGUCCAAAAGAACAUCGAGACUGUAUCUAACAAACAGGACACAAAGGAAAAUAAAAUUUCCGAAUCGCAAACAUCAAAAGAGUUAGACGACCUUGAUGAAGAAAACACAUCAAAUGAGUAUCUCAGUGUGUCCCAGCGUGUAAAACGUGACUCGAAAUCUCGUGGAUUUUCAUUCUUAGAAUUGCAAAUGGAAGACAAACAUUCAAAAUUUGAUCAUGUGACUAAUUCUAAUAAAACUUUAUUGGACGAAAAGAACUGCUCAAUUUCACCACAUAUUGUGACCCACAAACCUCCAAGGAGUGCCCAGAAAAAAUCAAAAUCUACAGAAGUCAGAAAUUUAGGAGAAACUUUUAACAUUCCAUCCAAAAUGGCCAAUGAACCAAAAUCUGAUUCCAAUGUCAUUCCGUCCAAGAAAGGUCAUCAGCGCCAUGAUACGUCUGAUAGUCAGAAAUCCCUGCUGGGGUCGGCCAGUUCCAAUGAGUUGGCCAGUUUGAAGGAAGAAAGUUUCCCGAAAGAAUCACUGAUGAAAGAUUAA